AUGGCGGGUUUCCAGUUGGCCCAGGUCAAAGUCAGCUGGACUGCACUUUUGGCCCUGGCCCACUUCAUGUACCUGCUGGUAGGGGCCACCAUCUUCCAGAUCCUGGAGCGAGAGGCUGAAAGCAACAACCGAAACCACUUCCAACUGGAGAAGCUGAAUUUCUUAACCAAUUAUACCUGCUUAGAUGGACCAGCACUGGAGAAGUUUGUUCAGGUGAUUUUAGAUGCCUGGGAAAAAGGAGUGAAUCCUUCAGGCAACUCAACCAACCCCAGUAACUGGGAUUUCAGCAGCUCCUUCUUCUUUGCAGGAACAGUGGUCACAACUAUUGGUUAUGGAAACCUCUCCCCCAGCACUGUGUCCGGUCAGGUGUUUUGUGUGUUUUACGCACUGUGUGGGAUCCCGCUGAACCUGGCUUUCCUCAAACAGCUCGGGAAAUGUCUCACCGUCCACCUGGGUCGACUGGAGAGGGGAAUGGUCCCAGUCGUUCCUCAUAAGAAAAUAGUUGAAGCUGUGGCCGUGAGUGUGUUCCUCCUGGUGGGCAGUUUGCUGUUUUUAGUCAUCCCUCCCAUGCUGUUCAGUUAUGUGGAAGACUGGACAUUUGGUGAGGGCUUCUACUUUGCCUUCAUUACCCUCAGCACCAUUGGUUUUGGAGAUUAUGUGGUGGGGAAUGACCCAGAUAAGGAGUACAUCUCUCUGUACAGAAGCCUUGCCGGUGUGUGGAUUAUUUUUGCAUUAGGUUGGCUUGCUCUUAUUCUGAACAUGGGAGGCAGAAUAAUGGAGCACAUCAUCAGCUUCACUCAUCCAGGCUUUAAGAGACAACAAGAAGAGGACGAUGUACCACCCAGUAAACUAGAGGACACAUCAAAGAUCUGACCGGGGACUGUACAUAAACAUUUUUCA